GCAGGGCGCCGCAGCCGCCGCCUCCUCCCCCGCCGCCGCUCCCUGUCGUCGCCGCUGCCGCCCAUGGCUUCCCGCCGCCCCCGCUGACCGGCCGCCCCUCGCCUCCUCCCGAGCCGGGCCGGGCCGGGGCCGGGCAGAGAAGAUGGGGAACACCACGUCCUGCUGCGUCUCCUCCAGCCCCAAGCUGCGCCGGAAUGCCCACUCUCGGCUGGAGUCCUACCGCCCCGAGGCCGAGCUGAGCCGGGAGGACACGGGCUGCAACCUGCAGCACAUCAGCGACCGGGAGAACAUCGACGAUUUGAACAUGGAAUUCAACCCAUCAGAUCAUCCACGGGCCAGUACGAUAUUUCUCAGUAAAUCACAAACAGAUGUGAGAGAAAAACGCAAGAGUCUCUAUAUAAACCACCAUCCUCCUGGGCAGUUGAGAAGGAAGUACAGUUCCUGCUCCACUAUUUUCCUGGAUGACAGCACGGUCAGUCAACCAAACCUCAAAUAUACCAUCAAAUGUGUAGCUCUUGCAAUAUAUUACCACAUCAAAAACAGGGACACAGACGGAAGAAUGCUCUUAGAUAUUUUUGAUGAAAACCUUCAUCCCCUUUCGAAAUCCGAAGUGCCACCAGACUAUGACAAACAUGACCCGGAGCAGAAACAGAUUUACCGCUUUGUCCGGACGCUGUUCAGUGCUGCUCAACUGACUGCUGAAUGUGCCAUUGUCACCCUGGUAUAUCUUGAAAGACUCUUAACUUAUGCAGAGAUAGAUAUUUGUCCAGCAAACUGGAAGCGAAUAGUACUGGGGGCAAUUCUGCUGGCAUCUAAAGUUUGGGACGACCAGGCCGUGUGGAACGUGGAUUACUGCCAGAUCCUGAAGGAUAUCACUGUCGAAGACAUGAAUGAACUAGAACGCCAGUUUCUUGAGCUGUUACAGUUCAAUAUUAAUGUUCCCUCCAGUGUUUAUGCCAAGUAUUAUUUUGAUUUGCGUUCCCUGGCAGAAGCGAAUAAUCUGAGUUUUCCCUUGGAGCCCCUCAGCAGGGACAGGGCAUAUAAACUUGAGGCCAUUUCUCGCCUAUGUGAAGACAAAUACAAGGACUUCAGGAAAGCUGCCAAGAAGCGGUCGGUCAGUGCUGACAAUCUGACUGUGGUUAGAUGGUCCCCUGCAAUUAUCUCCUAACAGAGGAGACUGGAAUAUUCCUACAGACGUACUGUUUCAUCCAUCCAUUUUUUUCAGAGUGGGCUGGGGGCGGGGGGAUAAAGAAAAAACAGACUUUUGAUUUUUUUAUUUUUAAAUCUGUCAAGCUGCCUUUACAGUGCCUCCCCAUUGUGUAGCACACGAGUGAAAUACCUAACAGAAGGAGAAAUGGAGAAAUUGGUCAUCGGGAGAGAAGAUCGACAACAAUUAUUUUCUCACUUCCACUAACAGCUUUACACUUUUAUGAGGAAACAGCAAAUCAGGUGCUUGGAAGAAGAAAUAAAAAAAUGAAGUAGAGGCAGAAAAAUAUCUAAGAACUGUGCCAUUUUCUGAUACACUGUACUCAUGAAGGGAAAUGGCAGCAUGAAAAAAAAAACAUGUUAUCAGAUGACUGUGCACUAGAGGAAUGACAUUGGGAGAGUUCCAUCCUAAAGGUUUUUCUUAAUAUCUUUUGUUGUUGUUGUCGUUGUUGGUUUUUUUUGCAUUCCUCAUUGCUGCUUCCCAGGAUAAAUUCUUCCCCUUGCACAGCAGGAAAUACAAAGUCUGUAUUUACAGUAGCACAAGCCCCUGAAUAAAUAGCGUUGGGUUUUUUCACUGCACUUUUCUCUGUAACCUGUCUUAUUAGCAUUAUUCUUCUUAAUUAUUAUGCAUAUGUUACAUUUCUUGUAUGCCUUUUAUUGUAUUUUGAAAGAGAGAACUUGACCAUAGUGCUGAACCAAAAGUGUGUACAGGGAUCAGAAGAUCUUCGUAAUUUCACGAUGUGUUUUAUUUAUAGUAUACUUGGGUGCGUGUGCCUUCCUGAGUCCUUGGAAUCGUUUAUUUUUCCAUAAUAUAAAGAUACAGUUGUUAAAGUCUUGAGAUGAUGAUGAUAAGACUUGGGCCAAAUCUCUGAAAUUUGCAACAGAUCUUGUGAUCCUUUUUGCAGAUUUUCAUAGCAUUAGAAGUUUAGCAGAAUUCAUCCAUUUUGAAGGAGAUUUUUUUUUUUUAAUAGCUUGACAAGCUCAUUCCUUCACCUCCAAGUCCAUUGUUGCAAGCAAUAUUCUCAAUUUUUAUAUGUUUACUUUAAAUCAAAGUGAGUCUGUUUGUAUAAAAUAAAAAAUAAUAAAAAAAAAUUCCAACGAGAAGGCCUGUAGAAGAGCAGAAUGGAAAUCUUAACAAGGUAUCUGUCACAAGGAAAUUUGAUUUGGAAACUAAAAUACAAACCCUCAUGUUUUUCAGUGUAGGUGCUUAUAGAAAUGAAAAGUAACUGAACUGUGAAUAUAAUUUCCAACUCAGAUUAUUAAACUCCUUUGUUGUUAUAAUUAUUCUACUCUUACUGUGGCUGCUGCCCCCUUGGCAAUUGUAAGAACCUUUUAUACAAAAUAACUUUCAGCAUAAGCAUAUUUGCUUCGUAACACCACAGGGUGAUUUUUUCCCCUCAAUUUUUUUUUUUUUUGCACAGUUUAGAAAGAUGCAGCUGAAAGCUCUCAGUUCCCUGGAAUCUGCCCUUGUGAGUGUCACUGAAGGGAAUGGCAGCAGAUGUCCCUGGCUUGUGCACUACUGUUGUACCCACCAGGAUUCCGUGGUUCUUUGGUUAAGCCCUAUGGGCUUGUAGCAGCCUGGGGGCCCGGGGAUGCUCCGGGCAGGGAGGCACCACAGGAUUGAGGCAGGCAAACCAAGCAGUUUCCUCUUCACUUUCCAGUCUGAUUGGUUUAGUUUGAGAUGUGGAGGCUUUGUCCAUAAAUACUCCUGAUGAUCUUUGGGCCUUUAAAAUAAUCUGAUUCUCAUCACUUCUUGUUGUGCCAAUGCAUCAGAACUGUGAGUAUCCAAGUCCAUUUUUCCCGUGAACGUGGAAUGUAAGGCAAGUGUUUAUAACAAAUUACAGCAUUUGGGACCUCUUUACAGAUAGUAUCAAAAGGAACAUUUUCAGAGCAUUUGAAAUUCAUCCUUUAUAAGCAUAAAUUCAGGCUUUAAAAUAUGUAAAGAAUAUUUUGAUUUAUCAACACUUUGCUAAACUAUUUUCCAUUUAACUUGAUAUCAGGAAUAUUGGUUUUAUCCAUUUCUGGGUGAUAGAGAUAUGAACUUUGGAUUAUGUAAAGAUAUCAAUGCAUCUACUAUAAUUUUUGUGAAGUUUAUUAAACUACUUUAAAGAUUGUAUAGUCUAUUUAUUGUAUGUAUGUACAUACAGUCUGAUACUUUAAAAAGUGGAUUCCGUAAAACCUGGCUCAGUCUUGUUUAGACUAUUGAAUAUCGUUUUAGCCUUGUGCACUGGACUCUACCUCUGUAUAGGAGAAUUUUCCAUAUUCUUAAUUAGUACUGAUUCUGUGAUUAACUUGGUUAUGUUUCUUGCACUAAGAAUUAAAAAAAAAUCUGCUGUAAGCGUGGAUUUUUUUCUUUAGUUUUACCAUAUGAAUCCUCUACAUUUAGAUGGAUGUUUCUUUCCCUCAUGGUUAUAGAAUAAUUCUUUGCUUUUUCUUCUGGUUUGUUCCAGGAUUGCCAAAAAAUACAGUACCUGUCAGUAAACCUGAAAAAUGUCUUUUGUUUGCAAGGUAUUCUAUACCAGGUAAUUAAAAAUUAAUCAUUAUUUAGGA